GUGGGCUGGAUCCUCUCCAUCCUCGAUGAGCUGCAACUCAGCCCCCCACCUCCUGUGGCUGUCCUUCCGCUUGGCACUGGGAAUGACCUUGCCCGCACCCUCAACUGGGGUGGGGGUUACACAGAUGAGCCAGUGUCCAAGAUCCUGUGCCAUGUAGAAGAUGGGACCAUCGUCCAGCUGGACCGCUGGAAUCUCCAGGUUGAGCGCAACCCUGAUUUGCCACAGGAUGAGCUGGAGGAUGGGGCACGUAAGCUUCCUCUCAGUGUCUUCAAUAAUUACUUCAGCCUUGGUUUUGAUGCACAUGUUACACUGGAGUUCCAUGAAUCCAGAGAAGCAAAUCCAGAGAAAUUCAACAGCCGAUUUAGAAAUAAAAUGUUUUAUGCAGGGGCAGCCUUUACAGACUUUCUGCAAAGAAGCUCAAGAGAUUUAUCCAAACAUGUUAAAGUUGUGUGUGAUGGUACAGACCUGACUCCAAAGAUCCAGGAGCUGAAGUUCCAGUGUAUAGUGUUUUUAAACAUACCCAGGUAUUGUGCUGGCACAAUGCCCUGGGGAAACCCCGGAGAUCAUAGAGACUUUGAGCCUCAGCGCCAUGAUGAUGGCUACAUUGAAGUCAUUGGGUUCACCAUGGCCUCACUGGCUGCUCUCCAGGUGGGUGGUCAUGGAGAGAGGUUGCAUCAGUGCCGUGAGGUGACACUUUUAACAUACAAGUCUAUUCCCAUGCAAGUGGAUGGCGAACCAUGUCGACUGGCUCCCUCACUCAUUCGAAUCUCCUUAAGGAACCAAGCCAACAUGGUGCAGAAGAGCAAGAGGAGAACAUCCAUGCCUUUGCUAAAUGAUAUCCAUAAAGUGCAGUCUGCUGACCUGAGGAGAGUCUCAGCUCCCCCAGAUUCCUUCACUGUUCCUCAUUCCAUCCCAGAUCGCCUGCGGAUCAGAGUGAACAGGAUUAAUUUACAAGAAUAUGAGGGGCUACAUUACGACAAGGAAAAACUCCGGGAAGCUUCCAUUCCCCUAGGAAUUAUAGUUGUACGAGGAGAUUGUGACUUGGAGACUUGUCGUAUGUACAUUGACCGUCUACAAGAGGACCUACAGUCAGUAACUUCUACUACACAGAGAGUUCAUUACCAGGACCAGGAAAGCUCUUUCCCCAGAGUACUUUCUGUUCAGAGGCUCUCUCCUAGAUGGUGCUUCCUAGAUGCAACUUCUGCUGAUCGUUUUUACCGCAUUGACAGAUCUCAGGAACAUUUGCACUUUGUGACGGAAAUUUCGCAGGACGAGAUUUUUAUUCUGGACCCAGAGCUGGUAAUGUCACAGCAGGUGGGGACACUUCUGGUAGUGGAGCAGGCCUCUGGAAUAUCAGAUCGGUGGAACCCUGCAGUUCGAAAGAGGAUGCUGAGCGACAGUGGCCUCGGCAAGAUUUCCCCACACUACGAGGUACCUGACAAACAAAAGGACGCCAGCCAGACACAUAUGCUGCAGUAA